AUGUCUACUCUGCCGGAUUUCGACUCCCUACCACCGGUACCAGGUCAACCACAAGGGAAUGCUUGGGGCCUGUGGGGAAAGGACGAUCAAAUUGGCUGUGUGUAUCUCCCCAAAAGAAAUGCUCACAAGCCCACUGACGCAUUGCCCCAAGGUCUGAACAAAAUCACCCACGCGGCCAGGAUUAAUGCAGCAAAAGAGGUCAAGGCCGGUAGGAGUGUCUCUCUCGACCAGCCUCUCAACUGGAUGGACAAUCACCGCAUAGCUGGGCGCAUGGCUUUUCAACACAAUAUUAUAGACUUCAAGAAGCUCGUCAACUCUUUCGGACACGAUGAUGAGGUUCACUUUAAUACACAAUCAUCUUCUCAAUGGGACGGCUUACGACACUGUGGACUCCAAAAAAGCGGCCUCUAUUACAACAACCUGAAACAUGAAGACAUUGAUACGAAGACAGACGGAAGAAACGGGACACACCCAGACUGGGUCGCGGCCGGCGGUAUUGUUGGUCGUGGAGUGUUGAUCGACUACGUUCGCUGGCGUGAAGAAACCGGACAAACCCCUAUCCCAGCUGACAGUGCCUACGGAAUCACUGUCGACGAGCUGUAUGCUGUUGCGAAACAUCAAAACCUCGAGUUCAAGCCUGGAGAUAUUCUCCUUAUCCGUGGCGGGUUUUCGCUCUGGUAUGAAGCUUGCGCAGACAAUUUGAAAGCUGAGAAGCUCGAAAAGACCGAAUUCAUUGGAGUCGAACGGUCCAUGAACAUGGCGCGUUUCCUGUGGAACAAUCAUUUCUCCGCCGUGGCGACCGACUCGAUCGGCUUCGAACAGUGUCCCGUUCCCUUUGGCAGCGAGACCGAAGUGGUGUUGCACGAAUGGAUCAUCGCUCAUUGGGGCAUGGGUUUAGGUGAGCUGUGGAAUCUGGAGCCCUUGAGCAAGCUUUGCGCAGAGCAAAAGCAGUGGAGUUUUUUGUUCACGAGUCACCCGUUGUACGUCUUUGGCGGAGUGGCGUCCCCUCCGAAUGCCAUAGCCUUACUCUAG